UGCUACUGCCAUAUACUCUUGAGCCGCAGUUCUUCGCGGAUGUUCGUCACCGCAAAGCAUAAAAAAAAGAUGUCUAAAGAACGUCGUAAGUUAAAGCAUUACGCUUUUAUUGUUUUGUAGAAUUUUUAUGAAAAAAAAAAAAAUCGGAAUAAUUAAAAUUUACUUAACUAGAGUUGAUAAUUUAUUUGAAAUAAAUAAAAACGAGUGCGCGUUUCCGUCUAUAAGAAAAAUUUUUUUAAUAAAAUUUUAUCAGAAAAAAAACAAAGUGAAGAAGAUAAUGAUGACACUGUGAUACAUUUUUAAAACUAUAAUGAAGUGAUCAUUAAUCAAUUUUGGCUGAACUAUGAGUUUUUUUACGUCUCUUCACCAAAUAGUCACAAGUAGUGUGGCAAACUUAAAUCUCAGUCCUAAGAGAUUUUCGUUAUCUAAAGAAUCGGGAACGGACGGAGAAGAAGCAGCGGCUUUAGCGGCAGCAACAGCGUCUUCUAGUAGAUCAGCUAGUACUGGCAGCGUCAGUGGUAUUCCAAGAAUCGUCACACCUCAAGGUAUCAGUGGAGGAUCUAGAUCAAGUGGAGGUCCAAGACGCACGGGAUCUUUUCGGCAAAUAUCUCAACCAAGAAAUCCUCAAGCUUUUUGUAGACGUAGGCAGUCUUGGCCGGAAAUAGAUCAAAAUGCAACAUCAGGAGUCCACGAAACGGAUGGAUCAUUUUUUGAAAAAUAUAGUAGCCUUCAAUGGAAAUUGGAUCAAAGACGCUUACAGAUGGUUAAGGAUAGUCGACAAGAUGAAUGUCCACCACCCGAGCUUAAUGUAGGCGUCAAACCUCCACCAGUUUCCAGCAUUCAACCUAAAGAGAUGGAACACUUGUACAUGGACGUUUUGUAUACAAUAAAAUACAAAGUGGGUGCUGAUACAGAACAAAGUGCACACAAAGAUCAGCUAUAUGUCUAUGCACAAAAAGCAUUCGACGUUACACCUGAACAACACCGAAGAUACAUGGCUAUUGUACACGGAGAAAAACCUCCCAUUGUCGUUUUGCACGUAACUGUGGUUGAAGCAGAAGGACUUGAAGCAAAAGAUGCCAAUGGUUAUAGCGACCCAUAUUGCUUGCUGGGACUGAUGAGGAAGACUGAUGAAACUGUCACAAGACUCUCCGAUGGAUCGGUUGAAGAAUGCUCUACCGUGCUAUCACCAGUCGCGCUCAUGGCUGGCAUUAUCGGUUUUAGUGAUCCUUACUGCAUGCUUGGUAUUCAACCAGGAACUGUUUCGCCUCAAUCUGGAGCUGGUUUACCUUCUUCAGCUAACAAUUCUUUACCUUAUCAACCACCAUUAUCACCUAGACCAACUCAUGGGACUACGGCUCGUACAUUAUCUGAGGGUGGCAUAGAAUUGCCAGAUGGGCGACAUGAACAUCAUGAUAAGCUACGUAAACAUCAUAGUUUUCGAUUGAGCUUUAAAAGAAAAGAAAGAGGAGGUGGUUCGAGUGGUGGUAACUAUAGUAGUCGCGAGCAUAGAGACAGUAUAUCAGCUGUGCCAGCCAGAUUCAUACAAGCAACUAGUGUGCGAAGAGAGACUUUAGAUCCGAAAUGGGGUGAAAAUUUCAUGUUUGAUAUAGAUGAUGUGACAAGUGACAUAUUACACUUAGACAUUUGGGACCACGAUGAUGAAUCUUCGGUUCUUGAUGCGGUGAGUAAAUUGAAUGAAGUGCGAGGAGUAAAGGGAUUGGGAAGAUUUUUCAAACAAAUCGCUCAGAGUGCUAGAUCUGGCAGUCAGGAUGAUUUUUUAGGUUGCAUAAAUAUACCUAUACAAGAAGUACCGUCAACGGGUAUGGAUAAGUGGUACCAGCUAGAGGCCAGAUCCCAAAGAUCCAACAUACAGGGCCGUAUACGUCUUAAGUUAUGGUUAUCAACACGUGAAGACCACGGACAAGCGUGUGUACCAAACAAUUUUGAUAACUGGACAGACGUACGUCGUCAUGAACGGUUAUUGACCAUAUUUGCCGACUACGAAAUGUCCCUUACUAAAUCAAGUUUAUGGAACGGUGAACUUUGUAAUGAAGCUUCGAGUAUUCUCCACCAACAUGCUGUACAAAGUGGUGUUACUGAACUACAGUUGGCCGUAAUAAAAUGGUUAGCUUUUAGUCAUAUACCAUCUAUAGAUCCACAAUUUUUGCUGAAACAGCUUUCCCAAUUAGAAGCUGCUUGGGGCGAACAAAAAUUAACAGGCGAAGAAGAAGAUUGGCUUGCUGAUUCGUUCAAUGUAUUUUUAGAUUAUUCAUUACAGUUGAUUCGAAAAUAUCGUAAACUAUUUCCUCCGCAUCAUCAUAUAUCAAUGAACCGAUUAGAAUACAUCUUAAGAUGUCUCAGUCGAUUGUCUUUAUCGAAAGCUUAUGGAAAGUGUUGUCCAUUCAAUAAAGAUAUACGCGGUGAAAUUGGUAAUGCUUUACGAAUGGGUACACUUGAAUGGUACGAAGAAAAUAGGAAGUUUAUGGCGACGGGGCAUAAUGAUCCGGAAGGCCGUCUUAAAGGAUUUGUAAGAUUAGUCACAUCUAUAUUAAUUGACCUUCAAAAAGGCAUAGAGCACUACAAUGUACUAUUUGAAAACAUUAACGGUGUAUUUUACUAUGCAGCCAUUUAUAAACAACAUGAAAAACUGUUGGCAAAGGGAUUUUCGAAUCAUUUGGACAUAAUUAUUGAGUUAUCCAACGAUUUGAGUCAAGAAAUAGCACCAAUAUGUAAAAAAGUAAAAGGAGCCGAUUUUGGAAUGGACUCACCACUAUCUCCAACAAAUUCUGAAACAGGAGAAUCACUAUUUGAACUAUAUUUGACAGUUCAAGAGUUCAUUAGAUACCGAGAACAUCUCAAUGCAUCCGACUACAAAGGGCUCUCCGCUCAAUGUUAUUAUCAUUGGUUUGAACCAGCUUUAGAAAAAUGGUUAGAUUUGGCCAAAAUAAAAAUAAUACAACGUGUAAAAAAAUCACUUGAAAUGAACACAAUUUGCCAAGGAGAUUUAAAUGUUAAGCAUUCAACGUCAAGUAACGAUAUUGUUCAAGCAUUAUAUCAUAUGAAGGAAUUUUGGAAACAUCUUGCGUGGCCCGAUCUAAUACAGUCCUACAAUUUUGUUUUAAAAUUACUAGACGCAAUGUGUGAAGCAGUUUUGUUUUAUGCUCAACUAGUUCAGCAGAGGUUGAAAGACUCUGGAUUUUAUGAAGACAUAUCACCAUAUAAGACAACUGAUGAAAUCUGUGCAGUAUUGAAUGAUUUCGAAUACGUUUGGCGGACUAUUGCAUCUAUGCCGGACGAUCUUCACUUAGAAACUGUUGUUACUGCAGUCGAAGCUACAGGUGAAGCUACUGCAGAUCAGUGUCGAGCUGACGUGACAACAUUACUAGACCCUGUAUUUAAUCAAUAUGAUAGCUAUUCCAUGAUGAUUGUUGGACGUAUUGCAAUUAGAAUGCAAGCUCCUUUAAAAAAAUGUAUAUUUCAUCUGGCUUGGUCACCAGAUACUUUACCAACAUCCGACGCAAUAUGUCCUCUUCAAGAGUAUCUAGAUGGACAUUUGAUAACGCUAAACACUAAUUUGUUACCAAAAAAUUUCCACAAAGUUUUGAAUGGGGUGUUUGAAGUAACUGUCUAUGAACUAGGCCAUCAGAUGGAUGGUGGGAGUGGUGAUACGAAAAUGUCAGGAUUCUACGAACGACUCUAUGAAGCCUUGGAACUCUUAGUAGACUUUUUUCAUGCUGGGGGAAAUGGCUUACCACCUGAAAUUUUAUCUGGAAAUGUUUAUCGAGCUGUCAAACAAAGAUUGAAAUUACAUAAAACAGACACCGAUACAUUAAUUGAACUGUACUAUGAAGACCGGCUUGCUGAACAGCAGAGAGUAAACGAUAUUUUUUAUGGCAUCCUAUCAGUCCGAGCGUAUUAUCACCAUGACUCUUUAUGUGUGGAGGUAUUAAAAGCUCACGAUGUUAUACCAUUAGAUCCUAACGGUUAUAGUGAUCCAUUUGUUAUUGUAGAAUUACUUCCUAAAUCAAUGUUUCCAUAUAAUGCUGAACAGUAUACCGAAGUAAAAAAGAAAACAUUAAAUCCUUUAUUUGAUGAGUGUUUUGAAUUCGCUGUGUCAUUGGACCAAUGUCGACAUGAAUCUUCAAUGAUCUUGUUUACAGUAAUGGACCAUGACGUAAUUACGGCCAAUGAUUUUGCCGGUGAAGCAUUUUUAUCGCUUAAUUCUAUACCUGGUGUUAGGGCUCCACUACCACAUGACAUCAACAUAAUCGAUAAAGUUGAUCUAAUAUUAAUGCAUCAACAUAAUAAAGGUCAUCCAAUACUACUUACGCUUGAAGCUAGACAUGAAGACAAAGUUGCCCAAGAAUUUGUAAAAAAACAAAAAGUCCGUAUGGUUAGUUCCUGAAAUAAACAAUUUUAUUCUGUUGCAAGCUUUACAGGGUGUUGCGUUUUGGAUCACAGUGAUAUCACAUGAACCAUAAAUUACAACAUAACUAAUUAGUACAAUAAAUAAAUGUAAAUUUAUAAAAUAAAUCUUGUAUAUAACAUAAUGAGAUAAUAAAUCUAAAAACCAAUAAUACUUCUUUAUUAAGAUAAUAAAUGGAACAACAAACUAAGUGAUAUUAAACCAAUGUAAUGUAACGUACGUAAGCGAAUUAUUUUCAAUCUUGUUCACUAAAAUAAUUCUAUUAAUAUUGAAUAUAAUACUGUAUAUAUCACAAUGAUUUAAAAACAUAUUUAAUAACCAUGUGAAAAAAAAUCAUAUUUCAUUAGUGAUCAAUCUACUCUACUGUCAAACGGCAUUAUUAUUGAAUUUAAUUAUCCAAUGAAUAUAAUUAUAAAUAGUAUAAUUGACACAAUUUUAUUUAAUUGAAUGAACACAAACAAAGAUUUCAUAAAUAUUGUGAAAUUAUGUUCAACUUGUUAAAAUCUUAUAAAAUUACUAGAUAUAACGACAAUCUGAAAAUUUUAUACUCCAAUUAAGCGUCUAUUAAUAUUAAUUAAAUAUAACUAAUUUUCUACUGUAACUCUAUUAGAGAUAAAGAAUUUUUCGGUUAAAUAUUAUAAUUAAAAUAACCACUACCAAUUUUACUAAUACAGUAAAUAAACUAAGUAUAUUUUAGACACUGUAAUUAUCAAUAAUGAAUUUUUAAUUAUAUUUUUAUGUUGAGGCAUUGAAUAUCUUUAUAAAAAAUAUAUAGCUUUAAUAAUCUAAAAUUAUAUUGACCAAAA